UUGGCAACACGUGAUGUAAAUAUUACUGUUCAGAGCAGUCAAUGAUUCAAGAAUAAAACUGAAGGCUGGGCGUCGUAUCUUGAUUUCGCUUCAAUUGACUUCUGUGCUAUACGCAAAUUAGCCUAUUGAAAUAUUUCAUCUGUCAAGCGAAAAAGGCACCAUGUUGUCCAGAUCCGUGGGUUUAAUAAGAAGCAAUCUAACUACUAUUGUUAGAAAUUCACAUGCUACUUACACAGUACCUGGAGAAAAUCUACCAUUUCAAAUUAAAAAUCGCUACAAGUUGACUGCUAUGUUCGUUCUUUUCUUUGGAUCUGGUUUGGGUGUACCGUUUUUGGUUCUGCGCCACCAACUUUUGAAAAAGUAAAAUAAGUUAGUUGAUCAGAUGUGUAAACUAAA